CCGUGGUCACGUGUCAUCAGCUGCGAUUCGGUGAAGUUGUUGAAAAGUUUGACAAGACGGAGGAGCCUCGGAAAGAGCUGCGAGAAAACACGACCCAGAGAAGGAGACACAACUUCUGGACACUAAAACGCGCGCUUUUCCUCCGGAGAGACGAUGGAAUCCGUCGCCCAGAAAGUGAUGACUUCUGGAUUCAGUCUCGACUUGGGGCCGCUGAAAGAGCCUUUGGCGUUUAUCCGUUUGCUAGAAUGGGUGUUUUCCAUAUUUGCCUUUGCUACAGCUGGAGGUUACAGUGGUACAACCAGCAUCAAUAUCGUGUGCCAUGGAAGUCACAAUGAAGUAGACGCAAAAUUUAACUACCCGUUUAGCUUGGCACAGCAUCCCUACAAAGUCCCUGACUGUAAAAUCAACCAGACCACCACCACCGAUUACUUCCUGACCGGAGACCAUGCUUCCUCUGCUGAGUUUUUCGUCUGUAUCGGAGUUUUGGCUUUUCUCUACAGCACUGCUUCACUCGUCCUCUAUUUGGGCUACCAGCACUUGUACAGAGAAUCUAGUCGUGGCCCCAUUGUGGACCUGCUGGUGACUGGGGCCUUGGCCUUCAUGUGGUUGGCAUCCUCCUCUGCUUGGGGUAAAGGCUUGUCUGAUGUGAAGUGGGCCACCAGGCCUGACACCAUUAUAAGUUUUCUUGAUGUUUGCAAGAAUGGCAAAAGCACAUGCACUGCAGGGGCCCUACCUCACAUGGGCAGACUAAAUGCCUCUGUGAUAUUUGGUUUUCUGAACCUCAUCCUGUGGGGUGGCAACUGCUGGUUUAUCUACAAGGAAACACCUUUCCACAAAUCAGCCAACCAGCCUGCAGAUGCGGAGGGGGGAGUCAGGCCAUCGUAACUACACAGCUUCCUCAUUUCAAAGAUGUCAAACAUGUAGUGCUAUUAAAUUAGUAACUUUGGUAAUGGCUGUAAAAAGCAAAAUACUUUUCAAGGUACAGUAUACAUUUUCAAAAAUGACUGUUCUUUUUGCAGUAUUAACCUUAUUAAUUUUAUACACACAUUUCAAAAGGUUGAAACUUCAGGUACUAAGACAGACAGGAAAAUAAAGCAGUUGAAAUGUUCUCCUAAUAGAUGCUCAAUUUGCUUGUUUGUAUACAAAGGCAUCCAAAAUGAAGUCCUUAUUUCAAAUAGUAACACUGAUUUACAUUAUGUCUAUUCCAGUCAUCAUUUCUGUCAUCAGCGAUUUCUUUAAAAACUCAGGGCUGUUGAGUGUAUCGACCACAUGAUUCCUAGUUAAUAUAAACUGCUUGAAGUGCUUUUAUUGUUCCCACAAGUGUAGACUGUAGACAAAAUCUAGUUUUAGCCCGAUUCUAAAACAUACAAAAGGCAUUCAAAUCUGAUGUUGCAAUAAAUAUGUUUCACUUUAUGGUUCAUUUGGAAAAAUAAUUCAGCUGCCAAUGUGAGAUUACUUAUAAACGGGGUAAAAGCACUUUUAUUUUAUCUUUUUGUGUUACAUUAUGCCUCAUUAUCUCUUUAAGUUAGAAUAAUUUCACGAGUUGAGACCAAAAGUUGAACAUUUUGUUGAAUAUUUUGUUGAAUUCUGACCAUGUUGCCACUUUAUGAAUUUUACAUUUAAAAUAGUUAUAUUUACAAGGUAGAAGUUACAGACAUAUUCCCUAAUAGGUCAUGACUUUGUGUUUGUCCUGUGUCGUUAAAAUGUUUAAAUUAAGGUAUUUGUAAGAAAAUUCCCCAUCAAGGUCCAUAAUAUUUCAAUAGUAUUGUAUAACAUUUUUGUUUUCUGAAACACUUGACUGAUCUUUCUAACCUGUUCCUAAUUCACUGCACGCCUUUUAUCUUGCUUUUGUCAGGCUUCUACCAUUGCGUCGUUGUAAGGGAAUGCAAACUGUAUUUCUCUGUUUCUGCCAUUGCUAUGACUUCCCACUUUUAUACACAGUGGGCUUGUCCGAUUCACAGUCUUCAGUUUAAUCCAUCUCUGUGUUGAUCAGUGUGUCACAGAUGGGCGUUCCAAAAAGGUACUGUGUGGACAUGAAAAUGCAUCAAUAAAAGGAUAAAGCGGA